AUGCAGCGCUGGAAGGCGGCGGCCUUGGCCUCGGUGCUCUGCAGCUCCGUGCUAUCCAUCUGGAUGUGUCGAGAGGGCCUGCUCCUCAGCCACCGCCUCGGACCCCCGCUAUCCCCGCUGCGCCGACUGCCUCGCGCCCUGGACGCCCGGAUCGCCCGCCUGGCCCAGUACCGUGCCCUGCUGCAAGGCGCCCCGGACGCGGUAGAGCUACGCGAGCUGACGCCCUGGGCCGGGCGAUCCCCGGGUCCGCGCCGUCGGGCGCCCUGCUGCCGCCCGACGGCCUACGAGGACGAGGUGUCCUUCCUGGACGCACACAGCCGCUACCACACCGUGCACGAGCUGUCGGCGCGCGAGUGCGCCUGCGUGUGACCCUACCUCACCGGCCCCGGCAGGACGGCGGCCACGCCCCCCGCCCCGACGGCAUCCACCGUCCCGCCCGGCCGGCCCCGCCACGGACUGCCCAUGCGCAGAGAAUGCCGUCGAGGCCACAGGACUCUCGCGAUAAUUGUAUCGAGAUAAAGCGUGGGAAAUGGA